AUGGCAGUAUUUACCAUAUUUCAGGCUGAGGACAGUGUGGACGAGGAAGACGUAGAGGAAGUGUCCAUCUUGGAAGAGACCAAGGAGGAUCUCAAGCGUAUCGAACUAGCGAAGGAAAAACAGAAAACCGGACCGACUAUCAGACAAGCGGACCUAAGUAACAUUGCUGACGAAGAUAUUGUUACCUCGGACCCCUUCUUUUGCGUGCAGCAGGUGUACAAAACCAGCCCUGCUCUUGUACUUGAGGAUAUUAUUGUAGACCUGCACCAGGAACUCCAGGAGGCGUUCGUGGAGGUAUUGGAUAAACUUGCGACUCUUAUUUCUCAAAUAUCUAAGCACCCUGACGAUGUAUCUCUGAGAGUACUUCGCGUGAAUAACGAACAACUAUACAAAGACUUUGUCCAAUACCCAAGAGCCGUUGCCUUGCUCAAGUACGCACGCUUUAAGCUAAAACACGGCGACGACAUAAAGGAGAUAUUGAAUCAGCGUAAGUGCAGUGAUGUGUUGGAACAUAACAUUGCAGUGGGACAUGGAAGUGUGACGGAUGAGUACUUUCUCUACCUUCACGAGCCGGAUAUGUUCGGUGACUACAGGAGUUGGAAGGAGUGGAUAGACUUUCUAAGCGCUACGAGCAUUACCCUCGAUGAAAUCAUCAGGCAAUACAAGUCGGUUACGCGCCGUCAUAAAAUGUUUGAUCGUAACGCAUUGGAGGAAGCUCUUGUACUCUCGGGCUGCGCCCGCCCCUCACUAAAUAGCUAG